GGAGGGAGAGAGGAGAGGGUGUCCCGUCUGCACGGAGCACAGACAGACAGCAGGGAACAGCUGCAGCAUUAGGUUCGCGUAGGAUUUCACUGCAUUGCGAUUUAAAAUAUCAGUCAUUUCAUCCCCAAAAACUCCAGUAGAGCAGCUCGACUAAGCAACCAAAUAUCAUUUAAAAAAUGGUUGAUCGCGAGCAGCUGGUGCAGAAAGCCAGGCUGGCUGAACAGGCUGAGAGAUAUGAUGAUAUGGCAGCUGCUAUGAAAUCGGUAACAGAGCUGAAUGAGGCCCUGUCCAACGAAGAGAGGAACCUCCUGUCUGUGGCCUACAAGAACGUGGUCGGAGCCCGCCGCUCCUCCUGGAGGGUGAUCUCCAGCAUUGAGCAGAAGACCUCAGCCGACGGCAAUGAGAAGAAGAUUGAGAUGGUGAGAGCCUACAGGGAGAAGAUUGAGAAGGAGCUGGAGGCAGUGUGUCAGGAUGUGCUCAACCUCCUGGACAACUUCCUGAUCAAGAACUGCAGCGAGACGCAGCACGAGAGCAAAGUGUUCUACCUGAAGAUGAAGGGCGACUACUACCGGUAUCUGGCCGAGGUGGCCACGGGGGAGAAGAGGGCCACUGUGGUGGAGUCGUCGGAGAAGGCCUACAACGAGGCCCACGAGAUCAGCAAGGAGCACAUGCAGCCCACCCACCCCAUCCGCCUGGGCUUAGCUCUCAACUACUCUGUGUUUUACUACGAGAUCCAGAACGCCCCAGAGCAGGCCUGUCAUCUGGCCAAGACCGCCUUCGACGACGCCAUCGCCGAGCUCGACACCCUCAACGAGGACUCCUACAAAGACUCCACUCUCAUCAUGCAGCUGCUCCGAGACAACUUGACACUGUGGACAAGUGACCAGCAGGAUGACGAGGGAGGGGAGGGCAACAAUUAAAGAGAAACCACACUUCGAAAAAAAUAUAUGAAGGGCCGGUGGACUUUGGCAGCCGCUUUUGCCUAUGAUACUACCGCAGCAGCAGUUCUUUAUUUUUCCAUGUGUUAAAAGAAAAGAAUCAAAAGAGAGGUGAGAGUGGAGGUUAAAUCUUAGUUUAAAUAUAUAUAGAAAUAUAUAUACAGUUGAAAGGGGCCUCCGUCUUCUUGAUUUUCUCUUUGACAUUUGCCAAAACCACUGAUAUGUCAGUCAAUCAGCCUGAAGUGGUUGUUGUUGGAUUGAAAUGGCAGCCUCACACUGGCAUAGGAACUGAUCUUGUUCUGUCAAGAUAAGCUGCUUAGAUAGGUUUUUGCGUGAUAGAGAUACAUUUGAGUAACUUGAGAGAGAAAAUGCUUGAAUGGGAAUGCCUCACAAAACUAGUUUGCAUUGGUUCCAGUAGUAAGGCUAUAUAUGAGAAAGGGCCCUGAAAGACAUUGAUGUUAAACUCAGAUAAGCAAUGAGAAAAGAGAACGUUUUAAACCGAUUAAACCCCCCCACCCCACCAAAUAAAAAAAUUAAAAAUAAUAAAAGAUAAAUUAGACAGGAGUGACAAUGAGGACCUGAUAGUAAAAACCAAUUCCCCUCGUUAAUACAGAUUAGUCUGUUACGUCACUGGAACCAUAGAUUCUUUUGGAGGUGAAGAUUACUAAAGGCAGAGACUUAACGAUAAAACACACAAAAAAAAUUACAAAAAAGGAAAAAAAAAACAUAAAAGCAGCUUCAGAGUUUGUGGUUUACUUCUGUGUUUGUUUUAUUAAAUGCACUUGCCUACUAUACUGUUUCUUCAGUGUAAGAUGAUGACAACAAUAAUAUCGAUUAUUCAAUAUUGUGCAUGCUGGUGAUGUAUUUAUAUACAGUAGCUUGACUUUAUUAACUUAUACUGUGGGUGUUAAGUAUUCAUCGGAUUGAGAAAAACAGGCUUUGUCUGAUGUUGAUUUCUAAUUUCUAAUUUAUUUUUGUUUUGUUAUGGUUUUUUGAUUUGCUAUACCAAAAUGGUGAUCGUAAAAAUUGACCUGUAAUGGGCGUUGCUAUAGUGACAUGCAAUAUGUGUAUUUAAUUUGUUACUGAGAGAAAAAAAAAAGGAUGAUAAAAACUCACCAGUGAUCACUUAAUCUUACCAGCUGGUGUUUGUCACAUUAAAGUAUGAUUAUGAUAUAUUUUGUUCUUUGAACAGUAUUUAAGUACUUUUUUCUGUCAUGCUAUCCAGUUUUAAUAAUGGUGAAGUUUUCAGGCUCAAUGUUUCUGUUAUGAAUUCACAAACAUGGACCAUAUUUUAUUUCUGACAGUAUACAUUUCUUUUGUUUGUUUGUUUUUAUACCUUUUAGCUGUUCCUGAGUGACAAAAUAUCUUGAAUGUGAGUCAUUAUGUAGCAGUUGCACAAGAACCGAAAUAAUAGCUAUGAUAAUAAAAAAGAAUAUGACUAAAUUAUACAUGCACCAUUUCCGUGGUGGUCUAGUGUAUUGUUGUAUCGUCACCCAUGAGAAAAUUUUGUUUCUACAGAAAAACCAUUUCAUAGAUAGCGAUGUCUGAACGCUUUGUUUUGUGCCCUGAGUACAGUAUGUGCUUUCUUUUUGUGCCUGUAUCAUUAUUUAAUAUGCCUCAUGUGCAAGUUGCAGAAAAAAAGAAAGGAUUUAUCUGCCAGUAUUUUAAGUUCCUGCAAGCAUGUGUGCAAGAUGUAAUAUUUUCCUCACUUUUACAUGUGUCUGCUCUCUGUACAGCACAUAGAUAUGAAUAUUCAACACGAAUGCACAAACAGUCACAGGGAAAGCAUAGGCAAUUCAACAGAAUUGGUUAUUGAUGAGCAAAUGUGAUAAUGAAAGUCUUCAGAACAAACUUUAGACACCAGGAAGCUGCUCAAGAGCACAGAAAGCUGCUGAACAGAUUUAUCUUCAUAAUGCUGCUACUAUUAUAGAUUAUUACAUUAAUAUAUUCAUACAGAUGGCAGUUUAUCGGGACUUUAUUUUUCCUAAUAGAUGGCAGUUAUUCGGGGAGACUUUAUUUUUUAUCUCAGAUGUGAUGGCUUAAGAGAGAAACCAAAAGCCUUAAGGUCGGUCACACAUUGUUCAUGUAUGCCAAUUAUGUCACCAUCAUGAGUCAGCCUCCGUGCGCUCACACUGUAUGUCACAGCUGCUUUGAUUUAUUUUUAACGUAGUAUAAAGCUGAUGGUCUUGAAGGCUCACCAGACAAAUAGCAUGAAAUCCUGAUGCCAAUCUGCACAACAGCUCACACGGUUUAUGAAUAUUAGGACAGAGUCGAAUCUUUUAUUUCAAUUUUUACGUUUUGUGUGUUCAAAAAAAGUGGAAUUUUUUGCUCACUUUAUUGUUUGAAUAGUUUUGAAAAACCAUGUCAGGAGACUUUCACUCAUUGCCAAGAAUACAUGCAUUGUGUUCCUUUUUAAUUUUUUUUUUUUCUGUGGUUUGUAAUUUUAUUUUUAAGUUUUUAUUAUUUUGGAUGUUUAUCCUUGUUUCUGCUGUGACAUGAAAACAUACAAAGACAAGAAACGAGCAGAAGAGAAAUAGAUUUUAAUCACAUAUUAGAUGAAAGACAAGCUGACCUGCUGGAAAUUAGCAAGAGAGGGCGAUAGGGAUACAAACUGUAUGCUCUGAGGAACUUUUUGGUUGCCAUCUGUUGCCCAUUAAAGUUAUUUGUUUAUCGGUA